AUGGCUGCGGUCGACGACAAUGAGGCCCGCAAGGACCGCAUCAUCUCGCACAUGAACCGCGACCACACGCGCGAGAUGAGCAACUUCCUGCGGCACUACAACAGCCUCUCCAAGCGCCAGGCCGCCCGCCCCUCGAUGCGCGACGUCUCGCUCGACACCAUGCACAUCCGCGCCGGCGGCUUCAACCACGCCGUGUCCUUUGUCCCGCCGCUGCGCGGCUGGGACGACAUCCGGCCGCGCCUCGCCGAGAUGGACGCCGUCGCCCGCAGGGACCUGGGCGUCAGCGACAUCACCGUCGCCACAUACGUCGCCCCGCGGCCCGCUGACUGGAUCGUCUUCUGCGCCGUCACCUUUUACUUUGUGAGCGCCGCCUCGCUGCCCUGGCUCGUGCCCGGGACGACCGCCUGGAGCCUGCUGAACGGCGGCUUUCCUGGCGGCGCGCCCAUGUUCCGCUGGCUCGUCAAGGUGCUCUUCGUCCCCGUCCUGGGCAUCCACGUCACCGAGUGCUACUUGCUGGACCGCCUCCGACUCAGCCGCCACGGCGUAGAGCGUUUCACGGGCAUCUGGCUUCUGUGGGAGGUCAGCUGCUUCCUUGAGGGUCUCAUGACGUGGCGUCGCUUUGACGAGCUGGUUGCCGAGAAGCAGAAGCAAAAGGACGCCAAGAAGCAUUAG